UACAGGGAGCCCAAGCUCAAAUUUUGUCACUCGACGAGAGCGCCACUGCCUCGCCGAACGGGCGAACUGCGAACGCAAGUGACACUUACUGGACGGACGCCACACUCGCACGCACUCAAGUACGAUGGCGCAAGCGCAGCUGUUGUCUCUGUUCUCGCGAUGGAUGAAGCCGGUGGACGAGUUUGGACCAGCCCUAGAGGAGUUGAAGAAGCACCUCAUUCAACUGAUAUCCAGGGUCCAAGGUCUCCAGGCUAUUGUAUUCACAGACCGAGACGGUGUGCCUCUAAUCAAAGCUGCGACAGAUGGAGCACCUGAGCAUGCCUUGAGGCCUGGCUUUCUUGCAACAGUGGGCAUGGCCAUGUCUCAAGGCAACAAGCUGGGCCUGGGCAAAUGCAACAAGAUGAUUUCCUCUUAUGGCAACUAUCAGGUGGUGAGUUUCAACAGGCAUCCUGUUACCAUCACACUGGUUGCAAGCAGUUCAGCAAACACUGGCAUGAUACUGAACCUUGAAGAGGAGCUGAACACAGUUUCGCAAACCCUAAGGAGUGUUGUUGAAGCUUCUUAACCCAUAUAAACAGGUGGCUGCGAAAACUGUCAAGCACAAGGAGAGAUGGGUGAAGCACGGUGCCAGGUCGUCCUUACCAGACAGUCCAGACCCAAUUGGCGAUUAAAUCAGUAGACAUCCAACUUUU